CUGCGUAUGUGCCUUUAAGAUUUGUUCAGAUUCGUUAUUAACAAGGUUAAAUAAAUGAUUUAAUUGCGUUUGAUUCUGAAAAAAUUUAUUGUAAUAAUUCCAUUUGAUUUUAUACGGUGAGUAAAACAAAAAAAUGACGGAGCAUUGUACACAAAGUGAAAGUGAUGAAGGAGAAGUUAAAUCAGAUUUUGGAGAAGAUCUAGAUGAAGAAUUGCAAUCUUUACCUCAUGUAUUACAACUGAUACGUAAAAUGCGUGAGCAUAUUAAGUGGCAGAGUAAAAAGAUAAAAAAAUUACGUAAUAAAUUACAAGAACAGAAAAAUCAAAUGAGGAAUAAAAGUUUCGUAGAAUAUGGUACUCAAACAGAUCCUUUAGAAUAUGAAAAUAAAUACUUAACACAAAAUUGGGAUCUAAGUAACAAUAAAAAAUCAAAUAGUUUAAUCGAACAAGUAAAGCAAGUAUCAGAAUCUGCAUUAUUACAAACUGGUUUCGUAUAUGAGGAAACAUCAGGAUUAUAUUAUGAUUAUAAUACAGGAUAUUAUUAUGACGCUAAACAAGGACUUUAUUAUGACGGAAACAAUGGAACGUAUUAUUAUUAUGACGAAGGCAGUAAAACAUAUAAGUUCCACAGCCAUGCACACGCAGUUGUCAACAAUAUUGCACAUUCCCAAGAAACCAAAAAGGAAGAAAAAUCAGAUGGCGAAAAGGCAAACAAGGAUACGGUGAAAAAACGCAAACUCGCACAAGAUGGAGAGAGCUUAAAAGAAGAUGAGCCCGAAGAGGGUGAAUGCUCGGACAGUGAUAGCGAACACAGCUCUUAUAACGUUACACCAGAAUCGUCCAUAAAUAGUGAGACUGAGAAUGAGGAGGAACAAAGUUCAAAGAUUAAUUUUUAUAUAGCAAAAACAUAUCCACCAUGUAUGAGAAUAAUAGUCAAAGAAACAAACCUUCCAAAGUUAAAAGUUGGUUCACUUUUCCUUGUAGCAUACACAGGUGGUUCAAUGGGUAAAGAAGGAGAUCAUUCUGUUAUAAUACCAGAUAUAAAUGUCAGUAAGCAUCACGCACGAUUUCUUUAUAACGAGACAACGAAUUCUUAUUGGAUAGUAGAUUCAGGCUCAAGAAAUGGUACAUACUUAAAUGGAAAAAGAUUAUCUGUAGCUAAACAAGAGUCCGAAUCGUACGAGAUAAUACAUGGUUCGAUCAUUCAAGUGGGCGGUACAAAAUUGUUAUGUCAUAUACAUAACGGAAAUGAAACUUGCGGUCAUUGUGAACCAGGAUUGGUUCAACACAAUGUAAACACAGAAGAGAAUGUAUUCUCGAAAAAAAAUCUUCAUAAAAAAGAAUUGAGAAGGUUAAAAACAAAAUUUGGUGUAGAAAAAGAUAACGUUGCUUCCGCCAGUCAAUUAGCAAGUGGUUAUCGGGAUAGAGCUCAAGCUCGUAGACAGUGUGUUGGUUCUUCAAAUCACCAUGCCAAGACAGAACAAAGUUCAAUCGACACAUCGAUAGCGAAAGAUAACCGAGGAUUUAAAUUACUAUCUAAAAUGGGAUGGUGCGAAGGUCGUUCUCUAGGAAAGGAUGGUGAUGGUAGAACCGAACCGAAAGCUACGACGGCUCUUGGUAGCGACCGGAGGCGACGGCGGACACACCGGCGGCGUUGUAAACGAGCAAAGUUUCGAACCCAAUAUGCUGUCUCCGCGCAUGGAAGCCCACAUUCAACCUGUCAAGCCAAGUAAGUCAAGUGACGGCGCCGGUGGAAUAGGGCCUCAUUUACAGCCCAGACGAGGGAGAACACUUGGCCCAAAUACUGGCUGAAGAGAAAAUGUACCCGGGUUCCACCGUAGAGCUGGUUAAAAUCUGGAAGCGGUUCCCUCUCGACGAUAAGAAUCCUUGCCGAAAGAGAUACGAACCUUUUUCUCUUUCUCUCUCUCUCUCUCUCUCUUUCUCUCUCUCUUUCUUUCUCUCUCUCUCUCUCUCUCUCUCUCUCUCUCUCUCUCUCUCUCUCUCUCUCUCUCUCUCUCUCUCUCUUUUAAUCUAUGAUUUUUAAAAGACCCGAUUCUUCCAAAGUUGAAUUCUUCAAACUUUGAGAUAUAAGAUUCGUCCUGGCUCGGAGGAUGAUCCGCGGAAGCGUGACUGUCUGAAAAUAAAAGAACCAUUGUCUAAUUCGAAUUAGCAUAAAUCCCGCCGGAGGCGGGAAAUCUAUUUAAAACUUCAAGCUCGUAACUCUCCGUCGUGCCGAUAAAGCGCUUCAUCGUUUCGAGUCUCGGCCGGGUCUCGAAUAGGUAAGAUUAAGGACGAAACCUGUGCGAGGAUGAGAUUCGAGGAAAGUAGCGAUACUAAAAAUUUACCGAGUCAAAUUCGCGGAAGGUUGGAUACGAUUUGCAUUUGGUCGCGACAGAUGGCCGAAAAUGCAGCCGGACGAAUACUUUGAUCGUGCAGACUUGGCCAGACAGUUUAUCAAGACCGACGAAGCACGUCUCAUCCAAGUAGGAAAGGAUUUGCAUAGAUAUCUCGGGCCGAGCUUCAUUCUAUUUUACAGCCGGCACGUAUUAGCGCCUUCCAACAUCCUCCCCAAUGAGAUUACCCCCAUUGCUCUUUACCAAUCCUCCUUUUCUCUUUCGCUUCGACUCGGAUUUUCGACUUUAUCGUCAUUCUUUUGUCUACCAAUUUAUCUUUUUUCCCCUUUUUUCUUUUCUUUUUUUUAAUUACAAUCUUCUUCUCCUUGCUUUUC